AUGGUCAUUCUCCAGCAGGGGGACUAUGUCUGGUUGGAUCCAAAGAGCGGCCGUGAGUUUGAGGUGCCAAUCGGGGCAGUGGUGAAACUAUGUGACUCAGGACAGAUCCAGGUGUUGGACGAUGAAGGAAAUGAACACUGGAUCUCACCUCAGAAUGCCACAAACAUUAGGCCAAUGCAUCCCACCUCUAUUCAUGGAGUGGAGGACAUGAUCCGGUUAGGAGACCUCAAUGAAGCUGGUAUCCUUCGAAACCUGCUCAUCCGAUAUAGAGAAAAACUCAUAUAUACAUAUACAGGGUCCAUUCUGGUGGCUGUAAAUCCAUAUCAGCUGUUGCCAAUCUACACAGCGGACCAGAUCCGACUCUACACCAAUAAGAAGAUUGGAGAAAUGCCACCACACAUCUUUGCCAUCGCAGACAACUGUUACUUCAACAUGCAGCGAAACAACAAAGACCAGUGUUGUAUUAUCAGUGGGGAAUCAGGAGCUGGAAAAACAGAGAGCACUAAGCUGAUCCUUCAGUUCCUCGCAGCCAUCAGUGGACAGCAUUCAUGGAUAGAGCAGCAAGUGCUUGAGGCCAACCCCAUUCUGGAAGCUUUUGGUAACGCUAAAACCAUCCGUAAUGACAAUUCAUCGCGGUUUGGAAAGUACAUAGACAUUCAUUUUAACAAGAGAGGAGCCAUUGAGGGAGCAAAGAUUGAGCAGUACCUUCUAGAAAAAUCCAGAGUUUGUCGCCAGGCAUAUGAUGAGAGAAACUAUCACAUCUUCUACUGCAUGUUAAAAGGCAUGACAGAAGAGGAAAAGAAGAAACUCGUCCUCAGCAAAGCCACAGACUACAACUACUUAACUAUUGGAAAAUGUACGGUGUGCGAUGGACGAGACGACUUCAAAGAGUAUUCCAACAUUCGCUCUGCAAUGAAGGUAUUGAUGUUUACUGACAAAGAAAACUGGGAGAUUUCAAAACUGCUUGCAGCCAUUUUGCAUAUGGGGAAUUUACAGUAUGAAGCUCGCAAUUAUGAUAACCUGGAUGCCUGUGAAGUGGUUCGAAGUCCUCCUCUCACAACAGCAUCUACGUUAUUGGAGGUGGAUUGUAAGGAUUUGCAAAACUGUUUGACAAGUCGCACUCUGAUCACUCGUGGGGAGACGGUGUCCACUCCUUUGAACAUGGACCAAGCCUUGGAUGUGCGAGAUGCUUUUGUCAAGGGAAUCUACGGGCGCUUAUUCGUGUGGAUUGUGGAGAAGAUUAACGCCGCCAUCUACAAACCUCCAUCGUCACAGCCUAAACUCGCUCGCCGGUCGAUCGGGCUGUUGGACAUUUUUGGAUUUGAGAAUUUUGCGGUUAAUAGCUUUGAACAACUGUGCAUCAACUUUGCCAACGAGAACUUGCAGCAGUUCUUUGUGCGACAUGUUUUUAAGUUGGAGCAGGAGGAAUAUAACCUUGAAAAUAUCAACUGGCAGCACAUUGAAUUUACAGACAAUCAAGAUGCACUGGACAUGAUUGCCAUAAAACCAAUGAAUAUAAUCUCACUGAUCGACGAGGAAAGCAAAUUCCCUAAGGGCACAGACGCCACGAUGUUGAACAAGUUGAAUUUUCAGCACAAGCUCAACACAAACUACAUUCCCCCAAAGAACAACUAUGAGACUCAGUUUGGGAUCCAGCACUUUGCAGGAGUGGUUUAUUACGAGACUAAAGGUUUCUUAGAGAAGAAUCGGGACACACUUUAUGGGGACAUUAUCCAGCUGGUGCAUUCUUCCAAAAACAAAUUCAUCAAACAAAUCUUCCAGGCUGAUGUUGCUAUGUUUCUGUGUGGUUAUGCUCCUGCUAGUACAGUGUGUGCUCCUGCCAAAAGUCUGCCUAAGGGGGCAGAGACCAGGAAGCGCUCUCCCACUCUGAGCAGUCAGUUCAAACGCUCUCUGGAGCUGCUCAUGCGGACGCUGAGUGUGUGUCAGCCCUUCUUUGUGCGCUGCAUCAAACCCAACGAGUACAAGAAGCCCAUGCUGUUUGACCGAGAACUGUGCGUGCGCCAGUUGAGGUAUUCUGGGAUGAUGGAGACGAUCCGUAUCCGUCGUGCAGGAUACCCCAUCCGCUACACCUUUGUGGAGUUUGUGGACCGCUAUCGAGUGCUGAUGCCUGGAGUUAAACCCGCAUACAAGCAGGAGGACCUCAGGGGAACUUGUCAAAGGAUCGCUGAAGCCGUGCUGGGCAGAGAUGAUGAUUGGCAAAUGGGAAAGACCAAGAUCUUCCUCAAGGAUCACCAUGACAUGCUCCUGGAGAUCGAGAGGGACAAGGCGAUCACUGACAAAGUUAUUCUCAUCCAGAAAGUGGUGAGAGGUUUUAAAGACAGGUCAAACUUCCUGAGAAUGAGGAAAUCUGCAGUGCUUAUUCAGAAGACAUGGAGAGGAUAUCAAUGCAGGAAGAACUACGGAGCCAUGCGAGCAGGCUUCUCUCGUCUGCAAGCUCUGGUCAGAUCCAGGAAGUUGUGCGCCUCGUAUCACGUGGCCCGUCAGCGAAUGACGCUCUUCCAGAGCCGUUGUCGUGGUUACCUGGUGCGGCGGGCUUUUCGACACAGACUGUGGGCCGUCAUCACCAUUCAGGCGUUCACCCGCGGCAUGAUCGCCCGUCGGCUCUACAAGAGGCUCAGAGGAGAGUAUCAAAGGCGGCUGGAAGCAGAAAAGAUGCGCCUGGCCGAAGAAGCCAAACUGAGAAACCAAAUGUCGGCCAAAAGAGCCAAGCAGGAGGCAGAGCGAAAGCACCAGGAGCGCCUGGCUCAGCUCGCCAAAGAGGACGCUGAACGAGAGAAGAAAGAGAAGGAAGAGGCACGAAAGAAAAAGGAGCUGGUGGAGCAGAUGGAGAAGGCGCGACAGGAGCCGGUCAACGAUUCAGACAUGGUGGACAAGAUGUUUGGCUUUUUGGGGACUACAAACUCUCUCCCAGGGCAGGAAGGACAAGCCCCUGCAGGGUUUGAGGAUCUGGAGCGAACAUACCGUGAGUUGGACGAGGAGGACUUGGAUGAAGCUCUGCCUUUGCCUGAAGACGACGAUGAAGAGGAUUUGUCUGAAUACAAAUUUGCCAAAUAUGCUGCAACCUAUUUCCAGGGGAACACCACACACACAUACGUCCGCCGGUCUUUAAAACAACCGUUGCUCUUUCACGACGAUGAAGGAGAUCAGCUGGCUGCUUUGGCCGUGUGGAUCACAGUGCUGAGGUUCAUGGGGGAUCUACCUGAGCCUAAAUAUCACACAGCUAUUAGUGAUGGCAGUGAGAAGAUCCCGAUUAUGACCAAAAUCUAUGAGACUCUCGGCAAGAAAACGUAUAAACGUGAGCUUGCAGCACUGCAGGGGGAGGGAGAGAACACACCCGCUGAAACCCCCAAGAAGAACAGUGUGCGGCACAAACUUGUGUCUCUGACUCUCAAGAAGAAAUCCAAGAUCACAGAGGAGGUGGCUAAGCGUCUGAAUGAUGGUGAGCCUGGCCUCCAUGGGAACAGUAUGCUUGAGGACCGUCCCACAUCAAACUUAGAGAAACUUCACUUCAUUAUUGGCAACGGCAUCUUAAGACCAGGACUCAGAGAUGAGAUUUAUUGUCAGAUCUGUAAACAGCUCAGUCAAAACCCCUCUAAAAGCUCUCAUGCCCGUGGCUGGAUUCUCAUCUCUCUGUGUGUCGGAUGUUUUGCCCCAUCUGAGAAGUUUGUCAAGUAUCUGAGGAACUUCAUAAACACUGGGCCUCCCGGUUAUGCUCCAUACUGUGAGGAGAGGCUGAGGAGAACAUUUGUCAACGGAACAAGAACGCAGCCUCCAUCUUGGCUCGAGCUGCAGGCCACAAAGUCCAAAAAGCCCAUAAUGCUUCCAGUGACCUUUAUGGACGGCACGACCAAAACACUCCUCACAGACUCGGCCACAACAGCCAGGGAGCUCUGCAACGCUCUGUCUGACAAAAUCAACCUCCGAGACCGAUUUGGCUUCUCUCUCUACAUUGCCCUCUUUGACAAAGUGUCUUCUUUAGGUAGCAGUUUUGACCACGUGAUGGACGCGGUGUCGCAGUGUGAGCAGUAUGCCAAAGAGCAAGGGGCUCAGGAGAGAAACGCCCCCUGGAGGUUGUUCUUCAGAAAGGAGAUCUUCACGCCCUGGCACUGUCCCACUGACGACCAAGUGGCCACGAAUCUGAUCUAUCAACAGAUUGUCCGCGGAGUCAAGUUUGGAGAGUACCGCUGUGACAGGGAUGAUUUGGCAGAGUUGGCCUCGCAGCAGUACUAUGUGGACUAUGGUUCAGAAAUCCUCCUGGAGCGCCUCCUGAGCCUCAUCCCCUCCUACAUCCCAGACCGCGAGAUCAGCUCCUCCAGAGGGGUGGAGAAGUGGGCUCAUUUCAUCAUGGCUGCCCACAAAAAGAGUAUCUACACUCAGAACAGGUUUGAUUCACUCAAAGUGAAGGAGGAAGUGGUGGACUUUGCUCGACACAAAUGGCCUCUUCUUUUCUCACGCUUUUAUGAAGCGUUCAAGUUUUCAGGGCCCGUUCUACCCAAAAAUGACCUGAUUGUGGCUGUGAACUGGACCGGUGUAUACUUUGUGGAUGAGCAGGAACAGGUCCUCCUGGAGCUGUCAUUUCCUGAAAUCAGUGCGGUCUCCAGCAGCAAGGGAGGGAAGUUACAGGGCCAGAGUUUCACCAUGGCUACCAUCAAAGGUGAAGAGUACACGUUCACUUCAAACAACGCAGAGGACAUACGAGACUUAGUGGUCACCUUCCUCGAAGGCCUGAGGAACCGCUCUAAGUUUGUGGUAGCACUACAGGACAACCCCAAUCCCGCCGGAGAAGAUUCAACAUUCCUCAGUUUUCAGAAAGGAGACCUGAUUGUGCUGGACCAAGACACAGGAGAGCAAGUCCUAAACUCUGGCUGGGCUCAUGGCAUCAAUGAGCGAACCAAUAAAAAGGGUGACUUUCCUGCAGACUGUGUCUAUGUUCUGCCAUCGAUGACGCGACCACAGCAGGAGAUUGUGGCUCUAGUUACCAUGACACCAGACCAGCGGCAGGAGUCGGUCCGUGCGUCUCAGCUCAUGAUGCCAGAGACAGACGAGCGACUGAAACCCUACACGCUGGAGGAGUUCUCAUAUGACUACUUCAGGCCACCUCCAAAACAUACCUUGAGCAGAGUGAUGGUCACCAAGAAUCGUGGCAAAGACAAGAUGUGGAGUUGUACGAGGGAGCCUCUCAAACUCCCUCUUCUUAAGAAAGUGGUCAACCAUGAAGAGCUGUCUCAAGAAGCCUGUAUGGCCUUCAUUGCCAUGAUGAAGUAUAUGGGUGACUAUCCAUCAAAAAGAACCCGCUCGGUGAACGAACUAACGGAUCAGAUUUUUGAAGGAGCGUUGAAGGCCGAACCAUUGAAGGAUGAGAUAUAUUGCCAGAUCCUCAAACAGCUCACAGACAACCACGUCAAGUACAGUGAGGAGAAGGGCUGGGAGCUGCUGUGGCUGUGCACCGGUUUGUUCCCGCCCAGUAAUGUGUUGUUACCUCACAUCCAGCGCUUUCUUCAGUCCAAGAAACACCACCCCCUGUCCGGAGACUGCAUGCAACGAGUGCAUAAAGCUCUGCGUAAUGGGUCCAGGCAAUACCCUCCUCAUUUGGUGGAAGUUGAAGCGAUUCAGCACAAAACAACACAGAUUUUCCACAAGGUUUACUUCCCUGAUGAUACAGAUGAGGCUUUUGAGGUUGAGUCCAGCACUAAGGCAAAGGAUCUGUGUCAGAAUAUUGCAACGCGGCUGCUGCUCAAAACUCCAGACGGCUUCAGUCUGUUUGUCAAGAUCGCAGACAAGGUGAUCAGUGUGCCACAGGGAGACUUCUUUUUUGACUUUGUGAGACACUUGACUGACUGGAUCAAGAAAUCUCGACCGCCCAAAGAGGGGAUUGUUCCUUCUCUUACGUAUCAGGUUUUUUUCAUGAAGAAGUUAUGGACAACCACAGUCCCGGGGAAAGAUACUUUUGCUGAUUCAAUUUUCCACUAUUAUCAGGAGCUGCCAAAGUAUCUGCGCGGUUACCACAAAUGUUCCAGAGAGGAGGUUUUCCAUCAGGCGGCACUUAUUUACCGCGUCAAGUUUGAAGACGACAAAUCCCAUUUUACAACAAUUCCCAAAAUGCUGCGGGAAUUGGUGCCUCAAGAUCUGAUUCGCUUAAUGUCGCCAGAUGACUGGAAAAGGUCAAUAAUUGCAUUCUUUAACAAACAAGCUGGUAAAUCCAGAGAGGAGGCCAAACUAAUGUUCCUGAAGACCAUCUACAAAUGGUCCACUUUUGGCUCUGCUUUCUUUGAGGUCAAGCAAACAACAGAGACCAAGUACCCAGAGAUCCUGCUGAUUGCCAUCAACAAGCACGGCGUCAGUCUCAUUGACCCCAAGACAAAGGACAUCUUAACGACUCAUCCCUUCACCAAUAUUUCCAACUGGAGCAGUGGGAAUACAUACUUCCAUAUCACCAUCGGGAACCUGGUUAAAGGAAGCAAGCUGCUCUGUGAGACGUCGCUGGGCUACAAGAUGGACGAUUUGUUGACCUCUUACAUUAGCCAAAUGUUGACCACUAUGAACAAACCGCGCUCAGCGCGAGGCCAUAACAAGUGA